AUGAACGUCCAGACUUUUCCGCGGCCGCCACGGCUGGACAAGAUCUCGCGGCACCUCCGCAUCACAUACAAGGAUGUCGAGAUUGCAGAGACCAGCGAUGCGUACUGGGUGUUGGAAACGCAUCAUCCUCCAACAUACUAUCUCCCCCCAUCCAGCAUCAGAACCCCCCUCGAGCCCACGUCCCGCUCCAGCUGGUGCGAGUGGAAAGGCGCCGCAACGUACUACAGCAUCGCCCUCCCCGACGGCACCGUCUCCAACCGCAUCUGGUCGUACGACAGCCCGUCGGCCGGCUUCGAGCCCAUUCGCGGGUACCUGAGCUUCUACGCCGGCCCGUGGGACUGUUUCGUCGACGGCGAGCGGGUGGAGCCGCAGCCGGGCGAUUUCUACGGCGGGUGGGUGACGUCUGAGAUUGAGGGCAUCGUCAAGGGCAAGACGGGCAAUCUGGAUCCCGUCGUGUGA